CUCAUGCGGAGUCGCAAAAUAAAAACUAAUUGUAAUAAUCGCAAUGUAGAAGUUUUCGCGGAAUUUAUUUUCUGUUUAUCUCAUCAGGUUUCUUAAUUCCUUUCGAAUUUACAGGUGGUUUUGAACUGAAAACGGCAAAUGGACCGAAAGAAAUUCACUGGGAAAGGAAGCAUGGCCACGAAUAAGCCAAGUCAGGGUGGCCCACCACUGAAACGGGCUAAAACGGAAGAUGAGGACGAGGCAGACUUUGAGGCUGAGCUGGCGAUGAUGGACGACUUUGAAAUGGAGGCACGAGUUCCAGGUCCUGACGAGAAGUUGACCAGCACAAAAUGGGCCCGCCCACCUGUCACUGGCCUCGACUCAAGCAAUGACACAAUCACAUUCCAGCAGAUUGACCUUGACCAUUAUAUAGGUCAGCACAUGCCAGGCAUGCCUGGGUGCACCCGAGGUCCCACUCCUGUGAUCCGCAUGUUUGGGGUGACCAUGGAGGGCCACAGUGUAGCAGCUCACAUUCACGGCUUUCAGCCAUACUUUUUUGUCCCUGCCUAUCCAGGAUUCAGUGAUGACCUCUGUAAACCAUUCCUGAUUGCAUUAAAUACAGCAGUCAAGGGAGAUCUCAGAUCGAAUAAAGAGGGCAUUGAACAAGCUAUAUUGGCUGUGGACUUGGUCUUAAAAGAAAAUAUUUGUGGUUACCAUGGUAACAGAAAGAUUCCAUUCAUCAAAAUCACGGUGGCAAUUCCCCGUCUGAUCGCUCCGGCCAAGAGACUGCUGGAACAGGGAUUUAAUUGCCCAGGUCAUGGCCAGCAUGGAUUUCAGGGAUAUGAGACAAACAUUGACUUUGAAAUCAGGUUUAUGGUAGACAGCAAUGUGGUGGGUUGUAACUGGAUCGAGCUGCCAGCAGGCAAGUACCACAUGCGCGAGAAGGAAAAUGCAAACCCUGCAGAGCCACGGAAUCCCCCGCUUAAGUCCCGCUGUCAGAUCGAGGUGGACAUCUCGUGGAAGGACUUCAUUUCUCACAUGCCAGAGGGGGAGUGGUCCAAGGUCGCACCCUUCAGGAUCCUCAGCUAUGAUAUUGAGUGUGCUGGCAGAAAAGGUGUGUUCCCUGAGCCUGAAAAGGACCCAGUGAUCCAGAUUGCCAAUAUGGUGGUGAAACAGGGGGAACACGCCCCCUUCAUACGUAACGUGUUCACUCUCAACACCUGCGCUCCUGUCAUUGGCUCACAAGUUCUCUCAUAUAUGACUGAAAAGGAACUGCUCUCUAAAUGGGCAGCGUUUGUUCGAGAGGUGGAUGCUGAUAUCAUUACUGGGUACAACAUCCAGAACUUUGACAUGCCAUACCUGAUAAAUCGAGCCAACCAUCUUAAGGUGGAGAAUUUCACCUACCUGGGCCGCAUCAAAGAUGUAAGGUCAAUCAUCAAGGAGUCUACCAUACAGAGUAAACAGAUGGGGAAACGAGAAAAUAAGGUGAUCAACAUCGAGGGUCGCGUGCAGCUUGACCUUCUUCAGAUUCUGUUCCGUGACUACAAGCUACGCUCAUACUCCCUGAACGCAGUCUCCUUCCACUUCCUGCAGGAACAGAAGGAGGACGUGCACCACUCCAUCAUCACAGACCUACAGCAUGGUAAUGAUCAGACGAGGCGUAGACUGGCUGUGUAUUGCUUGAAGGACGCAAUCUUGCCGCUGCGACUGCUGGACAAGCUGAUGUGUGUUAUAAACUAUAUGGAGAUGGCGCGUGUAACAGGAGUGCCUCUCACAUACCUUCUCUCGCGCGGACAGCAGAUCAAAGUCAUAUCACAGCUUCUCAGAAAGGCAAAGGAGCAGGACCUGUUGAUCCCAGCUCAGAAGAUAGACCCUGGUGAUGAAUAUGAGGGAGCUACGGUGAUUGAGCCCAACAAGGGCUACUACAACCUGCCGAUCGCCACCCUCGACUUCUCCUCCCUGUACCCCUCCAUUAUGAUGGCACAUAACCUCUGCUACACCACACUUCUUACACAGGCUGCUAUUAACAAUGAAAAACUGACACCAGACCAGUACAUCAAGACUCCAUCUAAUAACCUGUUUGUCAAGGCUGAUGUCAGAAAAGGUCUGCUACCGGAGAUUUUAGAGAAUCUUCUAGGAGCAAGAAAGAAAGCAAAGGCAGACUUGAAGAAUGAGACUGAUCCUUUCAAGCAGAAGGUGUUGGAUGGCCGGCAGUUGGCGUUGAAAAUCAGUGCUAACUCUGUGUAUGGCUUUACCGGGGCACAGGUUGGCAAGUUGCCUUGCCUGGAGAUCUCGCAAAGUGUAACCGCCUUUGGCAGAAUGAUGAUUGAACAAACCAAGAACUAUGUGGAGGAGACAUACACAAUAGAAAAUGGAUAUAAACAUGAUGCUAAGGUAAUCUAUGGAGACACCGACUCUGUGAUGUGCAAGUUUGGCGUGGAGACAGUGGCAGAUGCCAUGAAGCUUGGAAAGGAGGCAGCUGAUUUCAUUUCUGACAAGUUUGUCAAACCAAUUAAACUGGAAUUUGAAAAGGUGUAUUUUCCAUACCUGCUGAUCAACAAGAAGCGUUACGCCGGGCUGUACUGGACUAACCCCAAUAAAUAUGACAAGAUGGACUGUAAGGGUCUAGAGACUGUCCGCCGGGAUAACUGUCCCCUUGUUUCCAACCUCAUCAAUCAGUGUCUGCAGCUUAUCCUCAUUGACAGGAACCCAGAAGGAGGAGUAGAAUAUGCCAAGAACAUGAUCUCAGACCUUCUGUGUAACCGUAUAGACAUCUCCAACCUCAUCAUCACGAAGGAACUCACCAAGACAGAUGACCAGUAUGCUGGAAAACAGGCCCAUGUGGAGCUUGCUAACAGGAUGAAGAAAAGAGACCCUGGUAGUGCCCCACAGCUGGGAGACAGAGUGCCCUACGUCAUCAUCGCUGCCGGCAAGAAAACUGCUGCUUAUCUUAAAUCUGAGGACCCGAUCUACGUGCUGGAGAACAACGUCCCUAUUGACACUCAAUACUACCUUGACAACCAGCUCUCCAAGCCCCUUAUGAGGAUAUUCGAGCCAAUCCUUGGGGAGAAGCGGGCAGAGUCUGUACUGCUCAAGGGCGAGCACACGCGAACAAAGACACUGGUGGCCUCCAAGGUUGGGGGACUGAUGUCAUUCGCCAAGAAAAAAAGCUCCUGUAUCGGCUGCAAGGUGCCGCUCGACGAUGAUAGUGCGGUGUGUAAACACUGUAAGACACGGGAGUCAGAGCUCUACCAGAAGGAGAUAUCAACAUUCAACGCCCUGGAGGAGAAGUUUUCUCGCCUGUGGACACAGUGUCAGCGUUGUCAGGGCAGUCUACACGAGGACGUCCUCUGUACAAGUCGAGACUGCCCAAUCUUCUACAUGCGUAAGAAGGUACAGAAGGACUUGGCCACCCAGGACAAGCUGAUGGACAGGUUUGGCGCGUGGUGAUGUAUCCAUGGUAACACAGGCAUCAUUGUCACCACGACUCACAGGCUAGAUGUAGGGGGCAACAGGGGUACAGGAAUUGGGGGAUGGGGGACACAGAAGUCGUCAGAUUAGAUAGUUGAUGUGGUGAAUGUGUUUAUAUGACUUACAUGUAUAUUAGUGCUAUGUGAAACUGAUAGAGACUAUAUGGAUGUUAAAGGAAAAAGUCCAUCUAGAUGUUGAUAUAUUUGUCACAAUAUUAAGACUGAUGUUUUAGAUUUGUGUAUAUUAUUAUAUCUGGAAAACAUGCACUAUGCCACAAAUGUGUUCAAUGUAUAUAGUUUGUAUUUGGUGUGACUGUAUUUAAUAGCAGCAAACAGUGCAGCCAUUAGUUGUAUGUGUUAGGUUAGAAGUGUUAUAAUGUAGUACAUGUGUACGUCUGAAUGACUGAACAUUAUUUGAAUGAUUACCGACAUUUAUAGUGUGUUUAGGAAUGAAAUUAUAUCAUUCUAGAUCAAUUUACAAUAAGUAUCUCAAUAAAUAUCUACAAUUGGU